AUGGAAUGCUCCAUGAUAGCAAAUGAAUUGAUUCAUAAUGCUACUCGAAGGAAAGAUAAGUUGCUUAUCUUAAAGCUUGAUUUUCAUAAAGCUUUUGACUGUAUUGACUGGAGCUAUCUUUUGUCAGUGCUGCGCUGUAUGGGUUUUCCUAAGAAGUGGAAUGAUUGGAUUUCAUGCUGUCUCUCUUCGGCAAGUACUUCGGUCCUGGUGAAUGGUAGUCCGGUUGAUCCCUUCAAGUUGGAGCGAGGUGUUCGUCAGGGGGAUCCUAUUUCUCCAUACUUAUUUGUUAUAGCUGUGGAAGGUCUGAGAUGUUUAUUGAGAAAAGCAGAAUUAAUGGGAUUUUUUUCGGGUUAUGCCUUUGACCCAAAUUCAGAUACUUUAUCUCUGCUUCAGUUCGCGGAUGACACCUUGAUCUACUUGCCUUAUGAUUUAUCUCACCUGCAAAAUCUGACUCGGAUUCUUCGUUGCUUUGAACUUAUUUCGGGUUUAAAGAUAAAUUUCCAUAAGAGCUCAAUUCUGGGAGUUAAUGUGCUUGACAAUGAUUUACUUUUAGCUUCACAGAUUGUUGGCUGCAGGGUUGGAUCUUUUCCAAUUAAAUAUCUAGGCUUACCUUUGGCAAGACGCUGUUUGCAAAAAGGAAACUGGGAUCAUUUAUAUGCUUCACAUUCUGGGCCUCAUGAAUGUAUUCUCCCAUACAUUGCGCUCAACUUGGACCAACAAUUGGUAUCAAAGCCCGGUUCGGCUGGGUGGAACUUGGGUUUUGGGUUUAAUGUGGUGUCCGGCCCACGGUUAUAUGCUUCACAUUCUGGGCCUCAUGAAUGUAUUCUCCCAUACAUUGCGCUCAACUUGGACCAACAAGCUUUAUGGAAAGGCUCCCUUUUGUCUCCUGCAGGGAGGUUAGUGCUCCUGAAAUCUGUGUUGUUUAGUGUGCCGGUUUACUACAUGUCUGUUUUUCGUAUGCCUACUUCUAUACAAAAUAUUAUGGAGUCUCGUAUGAAGCGUUUUCUAUGGAAGGGUGAUGUAUCAUCUCGGGCUUUAUGUAAAAUUUCUUGGAAGGUGAUUUGUCAAGAUUUUGAGAUGGGUGGUCUGGGUAUUGUUAACCUUCAAACCCGCAAUCAAAGUUUGCUAUUUAAAUGGAUUUGGAAAUUGAGAUUUUCUGAUUCAAACUCCCUUUGGUUUCGGGUCACAUCGAAGUGUUCAGGAUUUUCGAAUUGGAGCUCUCUCUCUUUCGGAGAUGGAAAAUAUCUCUCUUUUAUUUGGAAAGGUGUUAAAAAAGUUUGCUGCGGUGAUAGUUUCAUUUGGAAUGUGUUUAUUAAAAACACUAGCUUCAAGAUAGGAGACGGAGAUUUGAUUGCUUUGUGGAAUGAUAAUUGGAUGGGAUCGGACUCGGCUCUCUCCCUUUUUCCGACUCUAUUUAAUUUAUCAAACCAAAAAAAUGUUAAUCUUAAGCAAAUUUUGAGAGAUGGAUGGAGAUGGCGUCGUAGAUUAAGAUGUGGUGAAAAGGUGGUGUUCAAUGUUUUAUUGGCAAAAUUUAAUUCACUGAUUUUUGCUGACGGAAUGGAUGAUACUUUGAGUUGGAAUUCGCCUUCGAAAGUGUAUUCUGCUGCGUCCUUUACUCGUGCAAUUGCUGCUGCUCGGCGUUCUGUUCAGCAGGUGGAGAGCAGCCCGGUUCAGCAGGUAACAGGUGUUCUGGACGGGCAGUUUCGGCAGCAGGUUUCACGUCCGGUAACAGCAGCAGCGAGGGGGCAGUUUCUGGGUUCAGCAGCUGCGGGUUCAGAAAAUGAGGAGCUGCAACUUUCAAACUCUUUGAUGUCUAAAGGUAUGUUUUCUAAGCUUUGGAAAUCUUUAGCUCCUCCAAGGGUUAAAUUCUUUUUAUGGACGGCAUUGCAUGGGAGAGUUCCGUCUAAAGAAUUUUUGGUUAUCCGUGGCAUUAUGGGUGUGGAUAAUGCAAGUUGUUGUUUUUGUAGUUCUUUAGAAUCGCAGGACCAUCUUCUUAUGCAUUGUGUUUUUGCUCGCUUGGUCUGGAAUGGUAUUCUUGGCAAGAUUGGAGUUUCAUGGGUUAUGCCAAAUUCGUUGGAUGAUUUUUAUCGUGUUUGGCUAAACAUUCUACCAAGGAAUAGCUAUGCCAAGCUUUGGGAAUUGCUGUGGAUUGUAAUAGUCUGGGAGAUUUGGAAUUGCAGAAACAAGAGAAUUUUUCAACAAAAGAUAAUGAAGGUGGAUGAUAUUAUCUUGAGUGGUUUUCAUAAAGCGGUCUUUUAUUUUGUUAGUUGUAAUGCUAGUUUUCCUUACUCGGGUAUGGACUUUUUUAGAAGUCCCGAUUGUAUCUUAUUUGGAUGA